GAGCCACAUAAAACCCCCCAGAGAGCCCUGGCCUCUUCCACACUGCAGACCAACCUAGAAGCAGCAAAGGAGAAAGUAAACUUACAAUUACUGAGACAUGACCGGGCGAGAUGACAUCUCAGAAGCAAAAUCAAAGGGGAAGAUCCUGGCACCCAGUGCGGGAAAUGAGAAAUCGGGGAGGUUCCAUGGACCUGCAAUGAGAUCCAAAGGCUUUGCCAUCACUGACCUGCUUGGUCUGGAAGCAGAGUUGCAGCCCCCAUCAUUAUCUCUGCCCAGCUGUGAAGGUCCAGGAGCCAGUCUAGGUGGGGUAUCCCUGGCUAAUGGCUCUCUCCCACUUGGACUGGGCUUUCUGUGUGGCUUUGCAUCUCAGCAGCCCCCUGGGACUACAUGCCUUCUCCCAACUCACAUCCCUUUUCUACAGCCUAGAGCAGACCACCAGUAUCUACAUGCUUCAGACAAGCACAAGGAAAACAUCUCAGAUGAUGACAGCCUCCUGGGGGAUAAGAAUGACUUGAAGGCAUCCAGCUCCCAGGCAAAAAGAAAGAAAAGAAGACACAGGACUGUAUUUACUGCUCAUCAGCUGGAGGAAUUAGAAAAAGCUUUCAAUGAAGCUCAUUAUCCGGAUGUGUAUGCCAGAGAAAUGUUAGCACUAAAGACAGAGCUUCCCGAAGAUAGAAUACAGGUCUGGUUUCAGAACAGAAGAGCUAAAUGGAGGAAGCGUGAAAAGUGCUGGGGGCGAAGCAGCGUUAUGGCCGAAUAUGGUCUGUAUGGAGCCAUGGUGAGACACUCCAUUCCACUACCUGAAUCCAUUAUCAACUCAGCCAAGAAUGGACUCGUGGGUUCCUGUGCUCCGUGGCUUCUCGGGAUGCACAAAAAGUCUGUUGACAUCACCAGGACAGUGGACCCCGAGGACAUGGCAAUAGAGCGUUCCAAGGGAAAAUCCCAUGUUGAUGAUUUCACAAACAGACAUAGUGAAUUCCACAGAAGCCCACGGCAACAGAGCAACUCAAUGGACAUUUCAGAAGAGAGAGCCAUUGAUCUCUCAAGCACCGCAAAACAAGAGAACCAGUCUAGAGUGCGGCGCAACUCCCUUAGAGACAGUCAGAGCGACCUUACUGACAGUGAGCACUGAACAGUACUUGGGUCAGAUGCCAUGACCAGAAGAUGGUAAUGAGAAAAGAGGGCUGUAGAAUGGCAAGAUCUGCUCCAUUGAUGAUAAAACAGCAAACAAUCAUGGACACUAAUUAUUGUAGAAAUAUUUUGAUAUUACCAGAUUUUUUUUUUUUUUAAAGAGAUUUUUAUUGAAAACGUUUUUUCAGGUCAGAGAACAAUUUAUUGGUGUUCGAUAUAAAUGUCUGGGGUUUUAAUUAGUUGAAAUAUAAAAGCAAUAGCAUAUUAAAGGCAAUCUUUAGUUAAGGGUGCUGUACAUGUUUCAGUAUAUUUGUAGGAAUGGAGGACAACUGUCUGUAAAUAGCGGCAAAGGGGACAUAGGUCAGAAAGGGCAUUCUUGUUAGAUAGGAGCAAUGCAAGAACACAACAUGUUUCAGACUCCCCCAGCAAUGCAAGGACACGUUUCAGGCUAUACAGGCUCUUCAUAAAGUGUUACAGCAAUAAUGCCUGUGUAGGUCCGAUCAUGUUGUAGGAUUAAAAGUCUCUGCUUAAUGGUACCUCCCUUCCACAUUUAUGUAUGCAGUUGCACUAGGACUCCCAGCAUAUAAUGUUCUGCAACAUAAUGUUCCCUUUGUGCUUUAGUUUCUACUCUACUCUGACCCAUUUCAAUGUAUCUUCCUUAUAUUUUUCAGUGACAGGUAAAAGGGGAUGUUUUCUAUGUAUCACACGUGUCUGUAGAGCUCUAUACACUCUCUGCUGCUUUGAACUUGCUAUAAAUUGCAGUUCAGUUAUGUCUGGCUAUCACAAGGAGUAAAAGUCUUCCUAUACAAAAUCUUUCUUUUUUUUUUUUUUUUAAAUGGAAUAAGCGCCAGGCCUUCCAGAGAAAAUAUGUAGCAUAGGCAUGUUAUACUGAUACAUUCAUUCCCUCUCGUGUUUUUAUUUUGGUUUUGCAUUAAGCCCCAGCUUAGAUAACAGAUGAUAUAGGUACUGUGACUUUAAGAGGAUGCCGUUUGCAAAUGUUACCUACAGUAUAUAGGAUAUACACCCUCUACUGUUCCAUCUCAGCUGUUCAUAGAAAUCAUUGCUCCCUUUUCUAAAAAAAAAAAAUAUAUAUAUAGUGUAAAUAAUUAAUAGCCGAUGUUUUUGUAAUUAUCUUAAUGGUUUGUAAAAUAUAUUGUAAUAAUGUUGGGCUCUUUUCACAGCCCUUUUGCGUUUCUGUCUUGAACAAGCACUUUGGUAACUGGGAUAUACUGAGAUAUUGUUUGGUAUAUUUGAUCCUAUAUUUAUGAUGUAUAGAGCAAUAAACCUUUUACAUGUGUAA